GGGCUGUGAUAGAGAGCCAGUACAAGUUGGAUCAGAUACUCAAACACAGGAGUCCACAGAGGGAGGAAGACCAGCAACAAAUACUGAUAAGAUAUGGCAGCAAACUCUUUCAAUGAUUUUGUCCAUUAUCCUGACCUUCCUAUCGGCAUAUGUUGCUUCACAACCAGACCAAGCGCCUUCAUCUUCUUCGCAUACAGCAUCACCAACAUCCUCCUCCUCCUCCCUCUCUGCAUCCUCGUCCUCUACCUGGGUCUCCAGCGGUGGCGGCGACAUCGCUCCACCUCCGCAGCAGCAACGACAAGUCACUCAGACAGCUUUGCCUACCACAUGGUCGCCAUGCAGCUGAUUGGUGUAUUUGGACACACCCUCUGCUGCUGUGGUAUCUACGGGGAUCAUGUUAAUUUAUUUAUUGUGCGGUUCUCUCUUUGGAACAUCCCCUGGUACGGAGAGAUUUUAUUUCACAUCCUGACCUGUGUGGAGCGCUAUCUGGCUGUCGUUCAUCCCGUCACCUACCUGAGUCUGAGACGAGAGAGAGGGAUCAGAAUCAGAAAUAUCAGCAUUGGUUGUGUUUGGCUUCUUUGCUUUGGAGCAACAGUUGUGACUUUUGAGACAGUAUUCUCAAUCAUAGAUUUCAGCCUCUUGAGUUUCUCCUUGUUCUUCAUUUCCUUCUGCAGUCUUUCUGUUCUCUGUGUUCUGAUUCGUCCAGGGCCAGGGGAAAAGGGCGGGGACAGGGAAAGAGUUGACCAAUCAAAGCAGAGGGCUUUCUGCACCAUCAUGGCCAUACUCGUAGUGCUGUUGUUAACAUACUCUGGGAAUCUGGUUGGGCUUUGUCUUAGUGUGUUAAGUAAAGAUGAUGAGUGUGUGCUGGUGAUGUCUUUGUUCUGGUUUAAUAUCCCCAGCAGCCUGGUGUUACCUCUGCUGUUUCUACACAGAGCAGGAACAUUGGUGUGUCGUAAGAACAACACCUAACGAGGAUUAGAUUUGCAUUAAAUCACUCCAGAUUCAAGCAAACUAAUGCCUAUUUAAACAUCUUCUGGUUUGAUGUCCACCUGCUGCUGAGAAACAUAUCUCAUAUUCCCUUGGAUUAGGAUAGCACCAAGAUCUUGUUUGCAGCUCUUGCCGUGGUCCUGCUGCACUCCCUGCUACACCCUGCUACGCUCUGCGGUGCACUGCUGUGUCCUGUUACGUCCAGCUAUGCUCAGCUGUGUCACGUUACAGCCUGUAACGCCCUGCGGUGCCUUGCUAUGACAUGAACUAUUACGACCUACAAACGAUACUACUACCAUUUGUAGUCAAAGUUCCAUUAUCUUUACUGUGACUAUUAUUGCAACUGUUCAUCACACCCCCAACCGGUCUCUGGCUGGUAUAUGAAUGAUUUAGUUGUCUGCUGUUCACCCAUUUUAUUCAGCCUGUUUGUAAAGCACUUUGGUCAGAUCAUGCUGUUUUAAAUGUGCUAUAAAAACACAUGUGACUUGACUUGAUUUACUUCUGUUAACUGAACAUGUUGUUGUCUCCUUAAUUAACCGAAGUUGCUGUAUGUCUUGGGUUUCCUGUAAAACAACACAUACAAUCUUUUAUGUAACUUUUGCCUCACUGAUUAAUCAUGAUUAAACUUAAAUUGUAAUGGG